UACAGAGAAGAUAUUACAAAACUGAAUGAAGUGGCAAAACACAGACCAAAGAGUACAUUACUGUUGGGAAGUAAAGAAGAGAGUACCCGUAUUGCAGAAUUACAACAAGAAAAUAUUGAUCUACAGACAACAUUGGAAGAUCAUCAGUCUGCUUUGGAACUUAUCAUGAGUAAAUAUAGAGAACAU